AGCGGCGGCUGGGCUUGGGCCCGGUUGCUCAGUGACAUCAGCUGUGGUGAGCCUGCUGGCCCAGAGGCUGCUUUCCUGUAACAAGGAGAGAGCGAGGUUUCCCUUUACAAUGGGAAGAGCCUUUAAAGUACUGGCCCAGCCGCUUGCUAACUCCCACUCUGUUUUAGGCUUCAGUCAGUGUUUGAUUGUAGGUUCAGACCACAUGAAUACUGGAAAUUAUGCAAAACGAGCGUGUCAGUGUUCCUCUGGGUUUAGAACUACAAUGGAGGCUGUUGUUCGUCGUUGCCCAUUCCUUUCACGUGUCUCCCAGACUUUUCUUCAGAAGGCUGGCAAGUCACUGAUCUAUUAUGCGCAACACUGCCCCAUUAUGAUGAUGAAGGCAGGAGCCAAGCCUGUAACGCGCACUGUGACCACCUCUGCUGCUCACUGUCAACAGACCAAAGAAACCACGCCAGUGAAUGAGAAAACUGCUAAUUUGGCUUCAGCUCCAAGUGUCCCAGCUUCCCAGCUUCCCCCAGGACACCCAGUACCUAGUGCUGGACAGGCUGCAGCUUCCAAAUGCCCAUUCCUUGCUGGUGAGAUGAGCCAUGGUAAGAGCUCUGUUGUCCGAAAAGCUAGUGUGGAGCUUUCAGAGGAUGUGCAACAGAUGCAUGCUGUGAGAAAAGAAUUAGCUGUGACCUCUGUUAACCCAACUGUUGCCAACAUCAAAAAGGCAGAUGGACAAAAAGACACUGGUCUGCUGAAGAAUCUGAAUAGUAUGACGAAGCAAAAGUCUUCAGUUUCUCAUCUCAUUCAGGACAACAUGCCAAAAUCUGUUUCAGCUUUCAAAUAUGAUGGAUUUUUUGAAAAGAAGAUUGAUGAAAAGAAAAAGGAUCAUACUUAUCGUGUCUUCAAAACUGUGAAUCGUCGUGCUGAUGUAUUUCCCAUGGCAGAUGACUACUCCAAUUCCGUCAGUGUCAAGAAGGAGGUUUCUGUCUGGUGCAGCAAUGAUUACCUCGGAAUGAGUCGCCACCCGCGAGUUGUGGGGUCAAUCAUGGAUACCCUUCGGUGCCAUGGUGCUGGAGCUGGUGGGACCAGGAAUAUUUCUGGAACCAGCAAGUAUCAUGUUGAUUUAGAGAGUGAAUUAGCUGAUCUCCAUGGCAAAGAUGCAGCACUACUGUUCUCAUCAUGUUUUGUGGCAAAUGAUUCUACCCUCUUUACAUUGGCCAAAAUGCUCCCAGGAUGUGAAAUUUACUCUGAUGCUGGAAACCAUGCCUCCAUGAUUCAGGGAAUACGGAAUAGUGGAGUUCCCAAGUUUAUAUUCCGUCACAAUGAUGUCAAUCAUCUGCGGCAACUGUUGAAGAAAUCAGACCCAGCUACUCCAAAGAUUGUAGCCUUUGAGACGGUCCAUUCAAUGGAUGGUGCAGUCUGUCCUUUGGAGGAAAUGUGUGAUGUAGCACAUGAAUAUGGUGCAAUAACUUUCGUUGAUGAAGUCCAUGCUGUUGGCCUUUACGGUUCUAGAGGUGGAGGAAUAGGAGAUAGAGAUGGUGUCAUGCAUAAAAUGGAUAUAAUAUCUGGAACACUGGGAAAAGCCUUUGGUUGUGUUGGAGGCUACAUAGCCAGCACUGCAUCUCUUAUAGACACUGUGCGGUCAUAUGCUGCUGGCUUCAUCUUCACUACCUCAUUGCCGCCUAUGUUACUCUCUGGUGCUUUGCAGUCUGUCCAAUUCCUGAAAAGUGAAGAAGGUCGAGCACUGCGUCGCAGACACCAACGCAAUGUUAAACACCUGCGUCAGUUACUUAUGGAUGCUGGUUUUCCUGUGGUUCACUGUCCCAGUCACAUCAUUCCAAUCAGGGUUGCGAAUGCAGCUAAAAACACUCAAAUCUGUGAUGAACUGCUAAAUAAAGACAACAUUUAUGUCCAAGCUAUCAACUACCCCACUGUUGCACGUGGUGAGGAGCUCUUGCGUAUUGCCCCAACCCCACAUCACACCCCUGAGAUGAUGAAUAAUUUCGUUGAAAAACUACUGAUAACAUGGAAGGAUGUUGGAUUGGAGUUGAAGUCCCAUUCCUCUGCUGAAUGUAACUUCUGCAGAAGACCUCUACAUUUUGAGAUGAUGUGUGAGCGUGAAAAAUCCUACUUCAGCGGAAUGAGCAACCUGAUAUCUGUGAAUGCCUAGAUCAAUCUGAUUCUGGACUGUCUUUGUAUUAGAAUUUAAAGUGAAACUAUAUAAUCUAUGUUUUUAUAGAACUUAACUACGUAUAUAAUUAAAUUAUAUAAGAUUAUUUCCAUAGUAGACAGAAAAAACUUAAUAAAAAAAAAAAGCAAAACUCUA